CAUAUACACACACAAUUGAAUUUUAAAACAAAUAAAAAAGAAGAAAAAAAUGAAGGGAAUUUUAGUGAGUUUGUUAAUGUCGCUAGUUGUUGUUGUAGUGCAAUUAGGAGAAGCCAUUAAUUGUGGUGAAAUUGAUGGAGCACUGUCCCCUUGUGUGCCUUAUUUGACACAAGGUGGAGAUCCAUCAGUACCAUGUUGUGAUGGUGUGAAAAAACUUGUACAAAUAACACCAACACAACAAGACAGGCAAGAUGCUUGUGAAUGUAUGGAAGCUGCUGCUGCUCGUUACUCUAAUCUUAAACCAGAUGCUGCAUCGAAUCUCCCCUCACGAUGUGGUGUUACUACCGCUAUCCCAAUCUCUCCUACUACUAACUGCAAAAGCGUUCCUUGAGAUGAUGCAUGGACAAGAAAUAGUAUGGAAGGAAGCUUUUGCAAAUGCAAUAUUUAUCUAAGUGUAAUAACGAGUGCAAAAUCAAUAAUUGUAAUUGUACUCCCAACGUUUCUCUCCUACGAAUUGUGUGUAUUAACAAUGUUAUAAAAGUAAACACGUCUACGUA